UGAAGUGAAUAUUAAAUCCAAUAUAAUUAAGGAAAAAAUUUGAAGUCCGUAGUUACAAAUAGAUUUGCCCCAAUUCGAAAAACUUUCCCUAUUUUUAUCUAGAAAGUUCACACUCAGAGCGGGAAAAAUCUUCACAGUUUCGAAGAAGAAGAAGAACGGAAAUGGAGAAAAACGAUGUCGUUCCGAUUGAAUUACCGGCGCCGCCUGGCUGGAAGAAGAGAUUCACUCCAAGAAAGACCAGUAAGCCUAGAAGGAAUCAUAUUGUAUUUGUUGCACCUGAUGGCGACGAAAUUACGAGUAAGAGGCAACUGGAAAAGUAUCUGAAAUCUCAUCCAGGAGGACCUCCUGCUUCUGAAUUUGAUUGGGGUACAGGGGACACUCCUAGACGAUCAAGUAGGCUGGGAGAAAAAUCUAAAGCAACAGAGACACCAGAAAGUGCUACUCCCAGUAAGAAACCAAGGAAAUCAAGUUCCAAAAAAGGAGCUAAGGAGGAUGGUGACGAGCAAGAAGCUGAGGCUGCUACUAAGAAAGAAAACAAGGGAAGUGAUGAACCGGCUUCUCCAGAUGCGGAGGAUCAAGAAGUUCAAGAUGUAGAGAUCGCCACCAAGAAGGUUCUCACAUAUGGAGACAACUUAAAGGAUGAUGAGGAGAAGACCAAUGAUGGUGAGAAUGUCCCUGAGGAGCCUCUGGCAAGUGAAGAUAAGAUGGAAAUUGUGCAAGAAAAAGAAGAAACAAUGGAUGAGGGAAACAUAGAGAAAAUGGAAAUUCAAGAAGCUGAAGAUAAACCUCUCGAUAACAGCCUCAACAAAACGCUACCAUUGAGUGUGCUUGAGGAGGAUAAGAACGAGAGUGAACCAGCUGGGACAGAUGCCUCAUCUCAUUCUGCUGAACUCAGCAAGGCAACCUCAGCUAGCAAAGAAGAAAGUGCAGAAGAAGUUCCUGCCGCUGCAGAUGCACUGAAUAUUCUUGAGGAAAAUAAGAUUGAGAGCAAACCAGCUGGGGCUGACACCUCAUCUCAUUCUGCUGAACUCAGCAAGGCCACCUCAGCUAGCCAAGAAGAAAGUGCAGCACAAGAAGUUCCUGCCGCUGUAGAUGCACUGAAUGUGCUUGAGGAAAAUAAGAUAGAGAGUAAACCAGCUGGGACUGACGCCGCAUCUCAAUCUGCUGAACUCAGCAAGGCGACAUCAGCUAGUCAAGAAGAAAGUGUAGCACAAGAAGUUCCUGCCGCUGCGGAUGCACUGAAUGUGCUAGAGGAAAAUAAGAUAGAGAGUAAACCAGCUGGGGAAGAUGCCUCAUUUCAUUCUGCUGAACUCAGCAAGGCGAUCUUAGUUUGCCAAGAAGAAAGUGUAGCACAAGAAGUUCCUGCCGCUGCAGAUGCUCUGAAUGUGCUAGAGGAAAAUAAGAUAGAGAUUAAACCAGCUGGGGAAGAUGCCUCAUUUCAUUCUGCUGAAUUCAGCAAGGGGACCUCAGCUAGCCAAGAAGAAAGUGCAGAAGAAGUUCGUGCCGCUGCGGACCCACUGGUUCAGAAUUCUAAUGAUGCUAAAAAAGUAGACGAAAAGGAGCAGUUUGACAGGGAGAUUCCAAUUGAGGAGAUCAAUGGCACAGAACCAGCUGCAACAGGUGCUAGCAACUCUGUGGAGAACUAUUCAGUGCAGCAAGAAGAGACCAUAUUCGACCAAGUCACCUCAAGUUAACCUUUUGAUAUCUUAGGACAAUACUUGUGUAUCAUCUGGCCUUCAUUUCUUCUUGGCCCUGAUUUAGGUAACUGACAAACAGCGUUAGGCAUGUUCUGCAUAUGUUGAGAAUUCCUAGCUACUGAUUUUGUAUUACAUUGUAUGCAACUAUUAUCAUCGACAUUGGUCAACUUAUAUUCUAUUAGAGGGUCUCAGGAUUUCUUGCA